AUGCCGACCUCUGCAAGAUCCCAGCCUGAAAGGCCUGGGACCCCCUUCCGGCAUCACGUUACCCCAUUACGCAACCUUUCACCCCCUGCGUCUCCCACCACUACUCAUUCGGUAGACGAUCAGCUUGAGAGCUCCUAUCUCUUCGUUCAUGAUCAUGACCAAGACGAGACAUCCUCUGAACCUGGCUCUUCGCUUCGAGACUCUGUGAUCGGUCUCUCGGAUUCAAGCAGCGAACCUCAGGGUCGAGAACGAUGGGAAGAUGAUGAAAGCACUUCGAGCGGCGAACAUGUGGACGAUCUCGUUCACCUUGAUUCGGAUCCGGCCCCUUCAAUCUUGGAUGGAUCUUACAUCGACGCUGAGGCUACGGCGUCCACUCUCUCCGAAAUGACCGACUCCAGAGCGACUGUCAAUCGCCGUCUAAGGGAGCUCUCGGAAUCUCAAGUCAGAUUAAUCAUGCCCGAUCCAAGCAGCUCCUCCUUCACAUCCGCUACUAUCAGUGACAACACCACCCCAAGCGGGUCAUUGGGCAAUCUCCUCAGUAUCUCCUCGGAAGCUGUCAAACCUAUCAAUCCCCGACGAGACACGUCUAGUACUCUGCGGCCGAUCGAUAAGAGUUGGUUGGAGAAUAGCAGCAGGCUUUGGAAUGUUCCACCGGAUCUCAGACAGAAAAUCGAUCAUCACGAGGACUUUGGGCCGAGCUACGCUGUCUUGGGGAGUUUUGACGAUAUUCAGACACACCAGACUGGUGGCAUGCGUUGGCACAAUGAGAAGCAUGAUGACCCUCAUCGGGAUGCCAGCAGAGAGGACAAGAAACCUCAGGAGACUAUAGAACGCCCAACCAAAUCACAGACUUCGCGGACCCUAGAUGGUCCCAGAAAGAAAUGGACGGUUCGAGCGUCCCUGAUUGCUCUUACCUCUUUGCUUUCGCUUGGACUGCUCGGUUCUGUCCUAACAAGUCGCCGCUCAGUGGUCGUGGAACCUAGCUCAUCGGGCGAUACUCCCGUGCCCCCUGCCUGUCGAACAUCACUCUGGGACCAGAUUGCACUGUCGCCUUUGGCUUUCACGGUCCUGUCGAGCUCGGAUGCUGCCGCGUCGUCCAGUACUGGCAAAGUUCCUGACCUGCAGCUUAUCAAGCAAGCCCUGUCUACCUUAUCAUCGACCACGAACAAAGCUCUACCUAGUCAACCCGACUCUACUGGCCGACCGAGAAAGCUAGAAGCUGAUGCGAAGACCAAGGCAUCCUCCAAGGGCAAGGAAAGGAAAGCGGCGGUCAAUAGCUCCUGUUGCGCUAUUUCAAUUCGAGACAACAACACGGAUCUGGCAGUCCGACCGACUCAGUUUGCGCUUGCUACUACGGGAGAGACCUGGAGGAAUUCUGUGGCUCGCAAACUUCGGCGCCGUCCGAAAACCUCGCACCACGUCAACCAUACGGCUGUUGUGGAAGAAUGUAACUGUGAAUUAUCCGAAUAUCUCGGAUCUUUCCUGUGGUCUUCCUUCUUCCGCGGCUCGAAUUAUACUCGACAUCAAUCGUCCAUAUUCCUCGACUAUAUCGGCUCGAUCUGGGGGCCUGCCUGGCUCGAGCUACGCAAGGAAUGGCAAGAAGUUGUUGCGCUAUUGAAGACUAUGUCCGAGGCUUCGGCUACUCUGAGCCAAUUCGUUUUGCGACGCGCCACCCGCGGUGUAUCGAUAUCCCGUCAUAUCCUUGACAAUGCGACAGUGAGACUCAGGUCGAACAUGCCAGAUAUCCCUACACCAAACAUGGAUCCUGAAACUUUGCACAAAGCCAAGGAGAGAAUUCAUCUCCUUACAACUUACCUCGAAAGUCAUGCCGCAUCCAUGGCAGAGUAUCUGGAAGAGCAAAGCACCGUCAUGCAGGAGAAGAGUGCAGAGUCAUUGCGACAGGCCAAACGUGGUCUCGACAAAUUGGUCAACGAGGCCAAACGAAUCGUCAACGAAGACAAAGCUGUCUACCAUGAGGCACACGGUGAUUUUGCCCCUGAGUAUCGGGGCCGUGACGAGUUUGAUCGCCAGUCCAAGGGUCGGACGAAGACGCAUAGGACCUCUAAGGAACGACGGGAGCCACACGUCACGCGAAUUCCUCCAGCACAGCGACUUUCGAGAGGACGUCGAUUUUGGGACAUGAUACAUCACGGUGCCGUGGCUCUAGUAUUGUGA